GUACUUCUGGUGGGUCAGGGUUCGGCCUCAACAUGGCGGUUCCGGUCAGGCAGUGACCAAGGAUUUGCCGUCCGGAGGAUUAGCUGGCGAUUGUCGUCGUCUCUACCUAUCACGGUGGAAUGUGAGGACGCCGGGGAGAGCGCUGAGGAGCGGCGGUGACAGGGAGGGGUGUGUGGUGUGUGCUCCGGAAGCCGAGACGGCGGCAUCUAGCCCUUCUAUUGGUCUCAAGGCUUCGGUGCGGGGCCCCGCCCGGCCGGGCUAGGCCGGCGGGCGGCGGCAGUAGCUGCUGCAGCCGCAGGAUUAGCCUCUGAAGAGUCGGCCGGAGGGCGGGCGCCGCCGCUGCCUUACCACGGCGAUGGCCCAGUGUGUACAAUCGGUGCAAGAGCUAAUCCCGGACUCUUUCGUCCCCUGUGUCGCCGCGCUGUGCAGCGAAGAAGCCGAGCGGCUCACUCGUCUCAAUCACCUUAGCUUUGCGGAGUUGCUUAAGCCCUUCUCUCGCCUCACUUCCGAGGUUCAUAUGAGAGAUCCUAAUAAUCAACUUCACAUAAUUAAAAAUUUGAAGAUAGCAGUAAGCAACAUUAUCACCCAGCCACCUCAGCCUGGAGCCAUUCGGAAGCUUUUGAACGAUGUUGUUUCUGGCAGUCAGCCGGCUGAAGGAUUAGUAGCUAAUGUGAUCACGGCAGGAGAUUAUGAUCUCAACAUCAGUGAUCGGUCAAUUAAAGCUAGUGUUCCUUGGUACAGUAUUUGGAAAGACACAGUGACGAAAUUGAAAGAAUCCUCGUUAUACACAGGUAUUUCCUAUGGUAGUCUUAUCAGUUUUCCAGAUUGUUCUCACUCUACUCCUUUCCUAUUAUCUUUUUUUCUGCUCAGCUACUACUUUUUUGUAUUUGUCCAAAUUAACACAUCUGCCUAAUUUUUCUAAAACAGAGUCAGUCUGGUGAUGCUUGUUCUACUUUAUGUUAUUUAUCCUAUCAUCUAUUGUAUUUACUCUUGAUUUACAACAUUAUCUGAUAAAUCCAGGCACUGUUUUUGAAUAGUAUAAUUUGGGUUGCAUCUUAU